CAGUUGUAUAUGGUCAUGAUGACAGCGGCAUACCAUGAAAUCCACUGGACUGACGUGAGCCGGAGGGUCUCAGGAGUUUUUUUUAAGCCUUCUCUGACCACUUGCUUUAUUUAAACCAUUCAAGUGUAGCUAGCAGAGGCCACGACAGCCCCCAGCUCCAACGCCGCCGAGCGCUGGUCUCUUCUACCCGUCUCUCUCUCUCACCCUCUCUCUCUCUCUCGCUUCAGAACUUUUCUUCAGAGGUCGUUAGCCUGCUUUCACUCUUUUUGGGGACUAAAUAACGUUCAUUUCUUACGUUCGCAGUUGGCGUGAAGACGAAAACUUGGCUCGGAAUAGGAAAACAAAUACCCAACAGUCUCAUUCAGCUUUUUUGUCCAAAAAACAGCCUGAGAAACUCGCUGCCUCACCGUCUUCCAACUUUUUAACGGUUUUUUUUUUUACCUCAGCGAGCGCGCGCGCCUGGUACUGCCCUCGCUCCCCCCCGUCCACCCGCCCGCUUGUGGUAAAGCCUCAGUGAUUGCCGUAUAAAAAGGGGGCGCGCGAAAAAGCGAAAACAUGAUGAGCAACAACGCAUACUACGAACCGCAGCGGCAGCAGCAGCAGCAGCAGCAGCCCACACUGUACUACCAGGGCACUACGGACGACGGCGAGGAAGGAGACGAGGAGAUGCCGGCCACAGAGAAGGACCUGGCGGAGGACGCGCCCUGGAAGAAGAUCCAGCAGAACACCUUCACCAGGUGGUGCAACGAGCACCUCAAGUGCAUCAACAAGAAGAUCGGCGACCUGCAGAGAGACCUGAGCGACGGCCUCAAGCUCAUUGGGCUGCUGGAGGUCCUGAGCCAGAAGAAAAUGUACAGAAAGUACCACGCCAGACCCAACUUCAGGCAGAUGAAACUGGAAAACGUGUCCGUCGCGCUGGAGUUCCUCGAAAGGGAGCACAUCAAACUCGUAUCGAUAGACAGUAAAGCAAUAGUGGACGGCAACCUGAAGCUGAUCCUGGGGCUGAUUUGGACGCUCAUCCUGCACUACUCCAUCUCCAUGCCCAUGUGGGAGGACGAAGACGACGAAGAUGCCAAGAAGCUCACCCCCAAGCAGCGCCUUCUGGGCUGGAUCCAGAACAAGGUUCCCCAGCUACCCAUCAACAACUUCCACCGGGACUGGAGGGACGGCAAGGCGCUGGGCGCCCUGGUGGACAACUGUGCCCCUGGUCUGUGCCCUGACUGGGAGAUGUGGGACCCGAAUCAGCCAGUGGAGAAUGCCAGGGAGGCCAUGCAACAGGCUGAUGACUGGCUUGGAGUGCCUCAGGUGAUUGCUCCUGAGGAGAUCGUGGACCCAAAUGUGGAUGAACACUCUGUGAUGACUUACCUAUCUCAGUUCCCCAAAGCCAAGCUGAAGCCAGGAGCCCCGCUGCGCUCCAAAACUCUGCACCCCAAAAGGGCCAAAGCCUAUGGACCUGGCAUUGAGCCUAGAGGCAACAUGGUAUUAAGACCAGCUGAGUUUGUGGUGGAGACGGUGGAGGCGGGGCUCGGAGAGGUCUUGGUGUACAUUGAGGAUCCUGAGGGUCAUACAGAAGAGGCUAGAGUGAUCCCUAACAAUGACAAGAACAGGAGCUACUCUGUAGUCUAUGUGCCCAAAGUGGAGGGACUUCAUAAGGUGAAGGUGCUCUUUGCUGGGCAGGACAUUAACAACAGUCCCUUCCUAGUCAAUGUAUCCAAAGCUCUAGGAGACCCCAACAAGGUGCAGGCUCGAGGCCCAGGUCUGGAACCAGUGGGCAAUGUGGCCAAUAAGCCAACGUACUUUGACAUCUACACUGCAGGUGCGGGUGCAGGUGACGUAGGUGUGAUCAUCGUGGACUCUCAGGGCCGCAGGGACACAGUGGAGAUCAUCCUGGAGAACAAAGGGGACAGUAUUUUCCGCUGCACCUAUGGCCCUGUGCUAGAAGGCCCUCAUGUUGUUUAUGUGACAUUCGCUGGCCAGCAGAUACCCAGAAGCCCAUUCACUGUCCACAUCUCAGAGGCUCCCCUGAGCGGCGUGCCGGCCAGCUCUCCGGUUCAGAUAAUCCCCCAGUCUAUUCGCACGCCGCCCUACGAAAAGACCAAGAAAGUGCCCCCCCCAACGCCGCCCAAACCCAGACGACCAACGAGUAAUCCAAACGCGUGCCGGGCCAUCGGGCGAGGUCUGCAGCCCAAAGGUGUGCGGGUGAAGGAGGUGGCAGAUUUUAAAGUGUACACCAGAGGAGCAGGCAGCGGAGACCUGAGAGUCCUCAUCAAAGGCCCAAAGGGUGGAGACGAGCCUGUGAAGGUGCGUGAUUUGGGUGACGGAGUGUAUGAGUGUGACUACUACCCCAUUUUUCCUGGAAAAUACACUGUGAUCAUCACCUGGGGCGGCCAUGCCAUCCCACGCAGUCCAUUUGAAGUGGUGGUCAGUGAAGAUGCAGGACCGCAGAAGGUGAGAGCUUGGGGUCCAGGCUUGGAGACAGGCAUGGUGGGCAAGUCAGCUGACUUUGUGGUGGAGGCCAUCGGCACGGAGGUGGGAACUCUGGGAUUCUCCAUUGAAGGCCCGUCGCAGGCCAAGAUUGAGUGCGAUGAUAAGGGUGAUGGUUCCUGUGACGUUCUCUACUGGCCCACGGAGCCUGGCGACUAUGCUGUCCACGUCAUCUGUGAUGACGAGGAUAUUAAGGACAGUCCCUUCAUGGCCCACAUCCUGCCUGCAGCCAAUGACAUCUUCCCUGAGAAGGUGAAAUGUUAUGGUCCUGGCUUGGAGCCCACUGGAUGCAUUGUGAACAAACCAGCAGAGUUCACUAUAGAUGCACGAGGAGCAGGCAGAGGCCAGCUGAAGAUCUACGCCCAGGACUCAGAAGGUUACCCCAUUGACAUCCAGAUCACAGACAAUGGUGACAGCACCUUCUUCUGUGUCUACAUCCCCACAAAGCCCAUCAAGCACACCAUUAUCAUCACCUGGGGUGAAGUCAAUGUCCCCAACAGCCCAUUCAGAGUGACCAUUGGAGAGGGCAGCCAUCCUGAGAAUGUGAAGGUAUAUGGGCCAGGAGUGGAGAAGUCUGGCUUGAAAGCCAACGAACCUACCUACUUCACAGUGGACUGCAGCGAGGCUGGGCAAGGAGAUGUUAGCAUUGGAAUCAAGUGUGCUCCUGGAGUGGUAGGCCCUGCUGAGGCCGACAUUGACUUCGACAUUAUCAAAAAUGACAACGACACCUUCACCGUCAAAUACACUCCCCCUGGCCCUGGACGAUACACCAUCAUGGUGUUGUUUGCUGAUCAGGAAAUUCCUAUCAGCCCUUUCCGUAUUAAAGUGGACCCCUCCCAUGAUGCUAAUAAAGUCAAAGCCGAAGGUCCCGGACUCUGCAAGACAGGUGUGGAGGUGGGCAAGCCGACCCACUUCACAGUCUACACAAAAGGAGCGGGCAAGGCCACCCCUGAGGUUCACUUUACUGGGGCACUUAAAGGAGAAGCUGUCAGUGACUUUGAAAUCAUUGAUAACCAUGACUACUCCUAUACUGUACGCUACACUGCACUACAGCAGGGCAACAUGAGUAUUUCUGUUUGUCAUGGAGGUGACCCCAUCCCCAAAAGUCCCUUCAUUAUCACUGUUGCUCCUCCACUGGACCUUAGUAAGGUCAAAGUCCAAGGACUUAACACCAAAGUGGAUGUUGGGAAAGAUCAGGAGUUCACCAUUAACACACGUGGAGCAGGUGGCCAAGGCAAAGUGGAUGUGAAGAUCACCUCACCAUCUCGAAGGCCAAUACCUUGCAAGGUUGAGUCUGGAACAGCCAAUGAAGUGCACACAGUGAAGUACAUCCCUCCAGAGGAGGGACCCUACAAAGUGGACAUCAAUUAUGACGGCAACCCUGUACCAGGAAGUCCCUUUACUGUGGAGGGAGUUAUGCCACCUGACCCCUCGAAAGUGCGAGCCUACGGUCCCGGCCUGAAGGGAGGAAUUGUGGGUAAACCUGCUCCAUUUGCCAUAGACACCAAAGGGGCCGGCACAGGGGGUCUGGGCCUGACAGUGGAGGGACCGUGUGAGGCCAAGAUUGAGUGCCAGGACAAUGGCGAUGGCUCCUGCUCCGUAUCCUACCUGCCCACUGAGCCCGGAGAGUACGCCAUCAACAUCCUGUUCGCUGAUGCGCACAUCCCCGGCUCUCCCUUCAAAGCCAUGGUUCAGUCUGUCUUCGAUCCCAGCAAGGUCACAGCCAGUGGGCCAGGCCUGGAGAGAGGGAAGGUCAACGAGGUUGCCUCCUUCACAGUGGAUUGCUCUAAGGCUGGGGAGGCUGAGCUGACCAUCGAGAUCAUCUCAGACUCUGGUGCCCAGGCCGAAGUCCAUAUUCAGAACAACAGCGAUGGGACAUAUUCUAUCACCUAUAUCCCCCCUUUCCACGGCAUGUACACCAUCACCAUCAAUUACGGAGGACAUGCUGUGCCCAAGUUCCCUGCUCGUGUUCAGGUGGACCCUGCUGUCGACACCAGUGGAAUAAAGGUCUACGGCCCAGGAGUCGAACCCAGAGGAGUCCUUAGAGAAGUCACUACACACUUCAUCGUGGACACACGCGCACACAACAAAACUGGGGGCAACCAUAUAAAAACCCGCAUUGUCAACCCUUCAGGCACCAAUACAGACGCCUACAUCACCGACAAAGGGGACGGCACCUACAGAGUGGAGUAUACGGCUUAUGAGGAUGGUGUGCACCUGAUUGAGGUGUUGUAUGAUGAAGUGUCGGUGCCGAAGAGCCCAUUCAGGGUUUCAGUAACAGAGGGCUGUGACCCCAGCCGUGUGCGGGCAUAUGGACCCGGCCUUGAAGAGGGUCUGGUCAACAAACCAAACCGCUUCACCGUGGAGACCAGGGGUGCUGGUACAGGUGGUCUGGGUUUGGCCAUUGAGGGUCCGUCAGAGGCUAAGAUGUCCUGUAAAGAUAAUAAAGAUGGCAGCUGUAGUGUUGAGUACAUCCCCUUCACUCCUGGAGAGUAUGAUGUUAACAUCACGUUCGGAGGCUUGCCCAUUCCAGGCAGUCCUUUCCGAGUUCCAGUAAGGGAGCUGGUGGAUCCUAGUAAGGUGAGGUGCUCUGGCCCAGGCCUGGGCAAUGGGGUACGAGCUCAUGUGCCACAGACCUUCACUGUGGACUGCAGCAAGGCUGGCCUGGCCCCACUGGAAGUGCUGCUCUAUGGCCCAACUGGGGCAACUGAGCCUGUAAGCAUCACAGACAAUGGUGAUGGCACGCACACUGUGAUCUACACGCCUGCCAAAGAUGGACCUUACACUGUGUGUGUCAAGUAUGCAGACCAAGAAGUGCCACGCAGUCCAUUUAAGAUAAAGGCCCUGCCUGCUCAUGAUGCUAGUAAAGUUCGGGCCAGCGGGCCUGGCCUCAACGCCUCAGGUGUGCCUGCCAGCCUGCCAGUAGAAUUCACCAUUGAUGCCCGUGAUGCUGGUGAAGGACUCCUCACUGUCCAGAUCUUGGAUCCAGAGGGAAAACCGAAGAAAGCGAACAUCAGAGAUAACAGAGAUGGAACAUACACAGUAUCCUACGUACCUGACAUGACAGGCCGCUACACCAUCACCAUCAAAUACGGCGGAGAUGAGAUUCCCUACUCCCCCUACCGUAUCCAUGCUCUGCCCACUGGGGAUGCCAGCAAGUGCCUGGUAACAGUUUCCAUUGGAGGACAUGGCCUGGGCUCAGGACUCGGACCUACCAUUCAGAUUGGCGAGGAGACUGUCAUCACUGUGGAUGCAAAGGCUGCUGGGAAGGGAAAGGUCACCUGCAAAGUGUCAACGCCUGAUGGAGCUGAACUGGAUGUGGAUGUGGUGGAGAACUCAGAUGGAACUUUUGAUAUCUACUACACAGCCCCGGAGCCGGGGAAAUAUGUCAUAACUAUCCGCUUUGGAGGAGAGCACAUCCCCAACAGCCCCUUCCAUGUGGUGGCGUCUGAUACCAUUCCUAUAAUAGAGGAGCCGUGUGAUAAAGUGCAGUUACAGCAGCCCUACGCCCCCUAUCAGGGCUACUCCCCUCACUGGGCCACCGAGGAGCCAGUCACAGCCAUCAAUGGCAUGGAGCCUAUGCUCCGCCCCUUUAACCUGGUCAUCCCGUUCACAGUGCAGAAAGGAGAGAUCACAGGUGAGGUGCGUAUGCCUUCUGGUAAGACUGCUCGGCCUCACAUCACUGACAAUAAAGAUGGGACAGUGACAGUGAAAUAUGCCCCCACUGAGAAAGGCCUGCACGAGAUGGACAUCAAGUAUGAUGGCAACCACAUACCAGGAAGUCCACUGCAGUUCUAUGUUGAUGCCAUAAACAGUGGCCAUGUGACUGCUUACGGGCCUGGGCUGAGUCAUGGCAUGGUCAACAAACCUGCAAUCUUCACGAUUGUCACCAAGGAUGCAGGAGAAGGUGGUCUUUCUCUGGCAGUGGAAGGCCCUUCUAAAGCAGAAAUCAGCUGUAAGGACAAUAAAGAUGGCACUUGCACUGUCUCCUACUUACCCACUGCGCCUGGAGACUACAACAUCAUUGUCAAGUUUGAUGACAAGCACAUCCCUGGUAGCCCCUUCACGGCCAAGAUUACAGGGGACGAGUCAAUGAGGACAUCCCAGCUAAAUGUUGGCACAGCAACAGACGUGUCCUUAAAAAUCACAGAGACAGACCUGAGUUCUCUCACCGCUAGCAUCCGAGCUCCAUCUGGCAAUGAGGAGCCGUGUCUGCUCAAGAGACUGCCUAACCGCCACAUUGGAAUCUCCUUCACUCCCAAGGAGGUAGGCGAGCAUGUGGUGAGUGUCAAGAAGAAUGGCAAACAUGUGACCAACAGCCCCUUCAAGAUCAUGGUGGGCCAGUCUGAGAUUGGAGAUGCCAGCAAAGUGAAGGUGUUUGGCAAAGGCCUCGUGGAAGGACACACCUUUGAGGUGGCUGAGUUCAUUGUGGACACCAGGAGCGCCGGUUAUGGUGGUCUGGGUCUGUCCAUUGAGGGUCCCAGCAAGGUGGACAUAAACUGUGAGGACGUGGAGGAUGGCACAUGUAAAGUGACAUACUGCCCCACAGAGCCUGGCACUUACAUCAUCAACAUCAAAUUCGCUGACCAGCACGUGCCAGGGAGUCCGUUCACGGUGAAGGUGCUGGGAGAGGGCAGGAUAAAGGAGAGCAUCACCAGGAGGAGGCAGGCUCCCUCCAUCGCCACUGUGGGCAGCACCUGUGACCUCAAUCUCAAAAUCCCAGGAAACUGGUUUCAGAUGGUUUCGGCCCAGGAGCGGCUGACCCGCACCUUCACACGCAGCAGCCACACAUACACACGCACCGAGCGCACAGAGAUCAGCAAGACGCGGGCCGGAGAGACAAAACGUGAGGUUCGCGUGGAGGAGAGCACACAGGUUGGGGGAGACCCCUUCAGAGAUGUGUUCGGAGGCUUCCUGGGCAGAGAGAGUAUGGGGUCCUUCACCGGCAUCCAGGCCCGCCAACCCGAGGGUGAGACAGGCACUCAGGAGAUGACAGCUCAGGUGACGAGUCCCAGCGGUAAGACAGAAGACGCUGAGAUCAUUGAGGGUGAAGACAGCACCUACAGUGUGCGUUUCGUGCCCCAGGAGAUGGGUCCUCACACAGUCAAUGUGAAAUACAGGGGCCAGCAUGUGCCUGGCAGCCCCUUCCAGUUCACCGUUGGGCCUCUUGGGGAAGGAGGAGCCCAUAAAGUGCGGGCUGGUGGCACUGGACUGGACAGAGGAGUGGCAGGAGUGCCUGCGGAGUUUAGUAUCUGGACACGUGAGGCUGGUGCGGGUGGUUUGUCUAUUGCUGUGGAAGGACCCAGUAAAGCAGAAAUCUCCUUCGAGGACAGGAAGGAUGGCUCCUGUGGAGUGGCUUAUGUGGUCCAAGAGCCUGGUGACUAUGAAGUAUCAAUCAAGUUCAACGAUGAACACAUACCAGACAGUCCUUUCAUCGUUCCUAUAGCAACACUGUCUGAUGACGCCCGUAGACUCACUGUCACCAGCCUGCAGGAGAUGGGUCUGAAAGUGAAUCAGGAAGCUUCAUUUGCGGUGCAGCUGAAUGGAGCGAGAGGUGUGAUUGAUGCCAAGGUGCACACACCUUCUGGCGCCAUGGAGGAGUGCUACAUCACAGAGCUAGACAAUGAUAAGCAUGCAAUCAGGUUCAUCCCACGUGAGAAUGGCGUGCAUUCCAUCGAUGUGCGCUUCAACGGGAGCCACAUUCCCGGCAGCCCCUUUAAGAUCCGUGUGGGUGAGCCAGGCCAGGCUGGAGACCCAGGCAUGGUGUCUGCUUUUGGGCCAGGCCUGGAGGGAGGAACCACAGGUGUGCCCUCUGACUUCAUCGUAAACACAUGCAAUGCUGGAUCCGGUGCGCUGUCUGUCACCAUCGACGGGCCCUCUAAGGUGAAGAUGGACUGCCAGGAGUGUCCGGAGGGCUACAAGGUCACGUACACGCCCAUGGCUCCUGGCAGCUACCUCAUCUCCAUCAAAUAUGGAGGACCACAGCACAUCGUUGGCAGCCCUUUCAAAGCUAAAGUCUCUGGUGCGCGUCUUUCCGGUGGGCACAAUCUCCAUGAGACCUCAUCCGUGUUGGUGGAGACAGUGACGAAGUCUUCCUCCGUGGCAGGCUCCUUUGCUUCCCUGCCCAAAUUUUCAUCCGAUGCCAGUAAGGUGGUCUCCAGAGGGGCCGGCCUCUCCAAGGCCUUCAUCGGCCAGAAGAACACCUUCACAGUGGACUGUAGCAAAGCAGGGACGAAUAUGCUGAUGGUGGGAGUGCACGGGCCAAAGACCCCAUGUGAGGAGGUCUACGUCAAGCACAUGGGCAACAGGAUGUACAACGUCACCUAUACAGUCAAGGAGAAAGGAGACUACAUCCUCAUAGUGAAGUGGGGCGACGAUAUGGUCCCAGGCAGCCCCUUCCACGUCACAGUGCCUUAGAAUGGACCUCCUUCCCCUCCCCCAAACCCCUCUCCCUAUCUCUCUCUCCACUAUGCAAAGACUCCGCUGUCCAUCCUGAGGGAGGAACAGCACUCGCUGACAGCGCCAAAUCUUUCACAGUCUCACUGUUUGAAGAGCAAUCAAGAUAACAUCACAGAUACAGCAACGCCAAGCUUCGGUACCAAUCAUCCUCCAUGUUUGCUUAUCAUCCGCUCCAUUUUUAUAAGAGUUUUUUCACAGUAGUGUUAUCUCCAUUGCUCUUUUUGCUAAUAGUUUUUUGUAUUUUCUAUUUUUGUGAUGCUAGAGAAUGUAUAAAGGUGAGUGAAUGGUAUCAUGUGUUGUAUCAGCCAAUAGAUACUGAACUGAAUUCAUCUUGUUAAAUAUAUCGUCACUGUCCAAAAAAAACAAAAAAAACAAAAUGUUAAUGUAAAAAAUAUUUUAUUCCAAGUAAUUUUGGAGCAUUUCUGUUGAUCCAUUCAUCAUUAAAGUUCCACACAAUAUGGAGGGCAACUGCUUGUGCAAAUGACGUGGAAAAAUAAAAAUAAAAAUAGAGAUGCAUGUUUUUUUUGGACAGUGAUGAUAUGCUAGACAUCAACAGCCCAACAAUCAACUAUGACUGAAGCUGCCAUCAGGACCAUAAGCAGACAGAAUUUUAAAGCAGAACUUUUAUUUAUUUAGUCUUUUUUCUUUUUCCUUGACAAAACGUGUCUUAUUUUUACGAGGAAGAACACUAGCCGAUUUCUUAAACACUAAAAGGCAGGGUCCCAGGUUUAAGCCUAGUCAACACUGAAAAGUCACUAAAUGAGACAGGCUGAUUAGAAGUGUUUUUCAAGCUCAGACUAGGACUAAACCGAUCAUAGAUGUAUUGCUGCCCCGCAGACAGCAUCCCGUGACUGAGCAAGACUUUUGUACCACUUAUCAUGGGGAAUGUUUAAUAAAACCACGAAUGUUUUAGCAAAGCAGUAUUAAAGAGUGACAUUUUAUAGUGAUUUUAUAUAUAAAAUAAUUGAUGUGUAAGGAAAAAAAACUUACUGUUUGAUAUGUUAACCUGUUGUUUGUUAAAUCUGUGCAGGCAUAUUAAAAGUGUUAAUUGCUGAUUUGCCAUUUAAAA